AUGCGCGCGCCGGAUCCCGCCGCCACGCCGCCGUGCGCCUCCCGCCGGCGACCUCCGCCGCCUGCCACCGGACCCGCGCGCGCCCGCGACUCCGCCGCCUCAUCACCGGACUUCGUCCGCCGUGCGCUGCCGUCGCCUCUUCGCCUCUCCGCCGCCGCCACGAGCUUCUCCGGCCGCCACCUUGCCCUCGUCCGCCGCCACCUCGGGAGUUGCACCACCGUUCGCGGGAGUUCCCGCAUCGCCGGAGUCCGCGCCUCGCCGGAGAAGAAGGUGGAUCAGAUCCACCAGCGAAUAGGCUCCACUCGGCAAGCAAUACCAACCGGUGUCUCUCUACAACGCCUCCUCAAGCCGUCUAUCAAGCCGUCUCCAGAGUCCGAUUCCAUCUUCGUGCCGCCUAACCCUGAUACAGCCAGGUCUGGCUCGAAGAACCAAGUGGGUGACCCAGGAACUUCGAUAGUCGGCCCGGGGACAUCAGCAGGCGGCUCGGGGACUUCCGUAGUUACGCCCGACCUGGGGACUGCCACACCCGGCUCGGGGACUGCGGUAGUCGGCCCAGGGACUGCACCAACACAACAGGCAGCGGCCGACUCCAGCAUUUCACCACCCAACCCGCCCGCCCUGGUCGUAGUAGCUGUGUUGGCAAUAGAAGAAGUCGCAGCUCCAUCAUGGGCUCAGUCCAUCCUCAACUUCCUAAUAAACCAAGAUCUGCCGGCUGACGAAAUAGAGGCAAGGCAAGUCCAACGCCGAGCCGAAGCAUACACAAUCGUCAACAGAGAGCUCGUCAAGCGCAGUGUCACUGGAGUCCUCCAGCGAUGCAUCGAGCAAGAGAAGGGCAUUGCAAUCCUCAGAGACAUCCACCAAGGAGAAUGCGGCCACCAUGCGGCCUCAAGAUCACUCAUCGCCAAAGCUUUCCGCCAUGGUUUCUUUUGGCCGACUGCUUUGGAUGACGCCAAGGAGUUAGUUAAACAUUGCAAAGGGUGCCAAAUCUUCAGCUCCAAGCAACACAUGCCGGCUUCAGCACUCAAGACCAUUCCCCUCACUUGGCCCUUCGCCGUUUGGGGA